UUUUUUUUCAUAAAGUUACUACAGGGGUUUAAUUUCAUCGUACCUGUGUUUAAAUACUCAAUUGACUUAAUCUCAAGUUGAGCAAUCAAUAUCGCUGUGCACCUAGCCAACCGUUUAUUUCUACUUAGCGAUCACCCGAAAUCAAUCAACCUCGUUUCUAGCAAUCAUGUCGGACUCUUUUGGAGAAUACACCAGCAUUGUCGUUUUUGGGGCCUCUGGAGAUUUGGCCAAAAAGAAAACUUUCCCAGCCUUGUUCGGAUUGUACCGGGAAGGUCAUUUGCCUAAAACUGUCAAGAUUAUUGGAUAUGCCAGAUCAAAAUUAACAGAAGAGGAUUUCAAGGACAGAAUAUCUGCCAAAUUCAAUGUUGGCGGCGAAGAAAAUAAGCCAAAAGUUGCAGAAUUCUUAAAGUUGUGCUCCUACGUUCAAGGUCAAUAUGAUACCCCCGAAGGAUAUAAAGAAUUGGACAAAGAAAUGGAUGCAUAUGAAAAGCAUAAUGAAUCAAAGGCAAAAAAGGAACGGUUGUUCUAUUUGGCGUUACCACCUUCAGUUUUCGGUGUGGUGGGUAAAAUGAUCAAGGAACACGCCUAUCCAACCGAUGGCCGUCUUAGAUUGAUUGUGGAAAAGCCCUUUGGUCAUGACUUGGAAAGUUCCAACCAGUUGCAGAAGGAAUUGGCUCCUUUGUUCACUGAAGAAGAAUUGUACAGAAUUGACCACUACUUAGGUAAAGAGAUGGUCAAGAACCUCUUGGUGUUGAGAUUUGGUAACGAAUUAUUGAAUGCUGCUUGGAACAAUAAGCACAUAAAGUCAAUUCAAAUCAAUUUCAAGGAAGCCUUUGGUACUGAAGGAAGAGGAGGAUACUUCGAUGAAAUUGGUAUCAUAAGAGAUGUCAUGCAAAAUCAUAUUUUACAGGUGUUGACGUUGUUGACCAUGGAAAGACCUUCAUCUUUUGACCCAGAAGCUAUCAGAGAUGAAAAAGUAAAGGUGUUGAAAGCUAUUGAGGAAUUUGACACCAGUGAUAUUUUGUUGGGACAAUACGGGAAAUCCGAAGAUGGUACCAAACCAGGUUACUUGGAUGAUGAAACCGUCAAGAAGGGCUCAAAGUGUGUGACUUACGCUGCUCUUGGCUUGAAAAUCAAUAACGAACGGUGGGAAGGUGUUCCUAUUGUUAUAAGAGGUGGUAAAGCUUUGGAUGAAUCCAAGGUGGAAAUCAGAGUCCAAUAUAAACCAGUUGCAAAAGGAGUAUUCAAGGAAAUCCAAAGAAACGAGUUGGUGAUUAGAGUUCAACCUAAAGAAGCAGUUUAUCUUAAAAUCAACUCUAAAGUCCCAGGUAUUUCAACUGAAACGUCUUUAACCGAUUUAGAUUUGACCUAUGCCACCAGAUAUUCUAGAGACUUUUGGAUUCCAGAAGCCUAUGAAGCUUUAAUAAGAGAUUGUUACUUUGGUAACCACUCCAACUUUGUUAGAGAUGAUGAGUUACAAAUCAGUUGGGCUUUGUUCACGCCUUUGUUGAAGUACCUUGAAUCAGAAGAUGCGCCAACUCCAGAGAUUUAUCCAUAUGGUUCCAAGGGCCCAAAGAACUUGAGAGCUUACAUGAACGCUCACGGUUACGUGUUUAGUGACCCGGGUACCUAUGAAUGGCCUUUGACUACACCAAAUGUAAAAGGCAAGAUUUAGUCAUCUCUUUACUAGUUUUUAAUGAGAAAUAUAAGUUCAGAUAUUGGAGUUCUGUUUGAUCGCAAGAAAAACAAGUGAGUUAUUUAGUCAGACAUCCAUGGAAGGUCAAAAAGCGGUCACCGACAUACUAAGAUGGGUUCUUUGUGUAUGCUACCGAGGAAACUGCGAAUGUUACACGGAAAUUUCAUCAUUUAAAUAACUCAAGUUGUUGUUCUUGACUUCAAAAACUUACACUUCAAUCCACUUCAAACUGAUCUCUCUAGUAAAUGCUUAAUUGAUUGCAUUAUUGCAAUUA